GGCACGUAAGGGCACGGUGUUGAACCACGGGACCAGCUCGGUGGGAUUUGGUUGGCAGUGUCAUCUUCUCAACGUUGAACAACGGCGCGUUGGGUCACGUGACAGCAUCUGCUGCUGCUGGCUGAGCGAAGCGUGUUAGCAGAUUUUUCUAUUUUGUACAUACAUUGUUUUGUAUAUACUGUAUAUGAUGACUUCAGUGGUCAGCAAUCCAGCCCGGGGCACUCGGGACAGAGCGCUGCCCACCACCACACAAACAACACAGCCACAGAAACAGAUACAGGCCACAGCAGAACAGAUUCGUUUAGCCCAAGUGACCUACGACAAAAAUGAUGCUGACUUUGAAGGCAAGGUCAAACAGCUGAUUGAGGUAACUGGGAAGACUCAAGAUGAGUGUAUGGUAGCCCUCCAUGACUGCAACGAAGAUGUAAACAGAGCCAUCAAUUUUAUGCUGGAGAGCACUUCUGACCCAAACUCCUGGGAGACUGUGGGGAAGAAACGGAGCCUUGGGAAAGAAGGAGGACCCUCAGAGAUAAAAGAGAGCAGAGAGAAGAAAGGAGGAGAGAGAGAGGCUAGUCGCGGACGUGGGGUGUCCAACAGGAGGGGCAGAGGCAUCAGUCGAGGGCGUGAAGGUCGGUUAGAGGAGAAUGGGUUUGAGGUGGCUCCUGGAGAGAGAGGGGGAGAUCGUGGGCGCAGAGGGCGCGGCAGAGGGGCAGGGGUUCGCGGUAGAGGAAGAGCAGCGGUUGGCAACAGGUUCUCCUCCCAGGGAAUGGGCACCUUUGAUCCGGCUGACUACUCGGCUAACUCUCGAGCCCGCCAAGAGGCAUGGGAUGGCAAUGAACCUGCUGAUGGAACAUGGACAGGCAAUGUUGAAGACUGGGCUUCAGAGGACUGGAAUGAGGAUUUGUCUGAGACCAAAGUAUUCACUGCCUCUUCUCCUCCAGCAAAACACAUCACACCUGGGCACAAUGUGGACCUACUGCCUAAUACUGGAGUGGCUGCGGGGGGUCCUAUGGACUCUGACUUGGGGGCAAUAGUCGAUGGACCCUCAGCUGAGGAUUUGGGCCAAAGCCUGGUGUUUACCAAUUCCCAUAUCAAUGGACGCACUGCAACACACAGCUACGCACACGCAACAGCCAACAGCUACGCCCAUGCCGCCUCGGCUAGUACCACCUACGCACAUGCUGCACUGUCCUCUGUCCUGGGUUCCGGUUUUGGGUCCCUGAAUGCGCCUAAGCCGACACCUGCCUCUGACAUCAGGGCGUCGGAGCAUCUCACAGGGGCUCGGCUUGGUCAGAGAGCCAGUCAGACGUUGGCAACCGCCAGCAGCAUUGUUUCCAAAGAUGCAGGGCCACCUCCAAUACAGAACUCUGCUCCUGCCUCCGCUCCCUCUGUAGAAGUCAAGGCUCAGAGAGUGGAGAACGGCCCCGUUACUGCCCAACACUUGGCGAUGAAGUUUCAACCAGAGCCAUCAGCGGUGCUCAGCCAGCUGUCUCAGAGGCAACAGUCCUCCAUCCUUCCCACCACAGAGCCUCUGUCACAUGCUCCACAGGUCCCCACACCGCCAGGUCAUGAGUCCUCCCUCCCUCCUAUGAGAGAUGGAGCUUCUCCGGGAGUAAAGUUUCCAGGCAUGGAGUCUUCCGUCACAGAACCCCCUCAGCGGCAGCUAAAGACACAGAGACGCAGAGUACCUCCUCCCUCAAAGAUCCCGUCGUCAGCUGUGGAGAUGCCGGGCUCCACUGAUAUUCCUGGCCUGAAUGUUCAGUUUGGGGCUCUUGACUUUGGGUCUGAGGCUGGUAGUGGAACGGUAGACAUGGGACAGAAGGAGUUGGCCAGGGAACAAGCCCUGACUCAGUGUCCAGCUUCAGUACCCAUGCCUGUCACUACUGCUAUUCCCACACAGCAGCCACAGAACAGCCUGUUCUCAAAGCCAGGAUCUGUGAGUGAUCACAUGAGCAGCUUACCGACCUUACCCGCAGCGGUAUCAGAUCCCAGCUUCCCAUCACCAUCCUUAGGCUUACCCAGUGCCACGCGUUCCCCCUCCAUGGGUCUUCCCAGUGCAGCCGCUCCACCUUCUUCUACAGCCCCUACCGCAGCCAGCCGUGUGGAGAUCAGCGCUCCAAGUUCCAUGUCGCCUCAUCAUGACUUCUCUCAGAGCAAUGAUGUCCCCUCAGCUGCUUCUCUCACAAAUGGCUACAAUGGCAUGAAGACGCAGAGCACACAAGACCCUACGUCAACAUCUAGAACGGUGAUAACGGAGUCUCCCAUUAUGACGAGUGGCCACCACAUCCCCUCCCCCGCAGUCACACCUUCCCACUCAACAUCCAUCCCCUUGCUCAGCAGUCAUGUGACCAGUACCCACUCAUCUGGAUUGGCACUCGCCACAAGCUCCUCUCUCACUAUGAGUAAUGAGGAGAGCAGCAGUAGCGGCAACCUCCAUGCCUUUUCAUCGUCAUCCAGCCAAGCUAUCAAUUCCAAUCCUUCAGCUCCCAUGGCUAUCAACAACUCAAUCACCAAUGGUCUGCACCACUCUGGAGCACCGGGUCUAACUCCUAAUGGCACAAACGCUGCACUCUUAGCUGCAGGCAACCGCGCGGCCCCCCUUCUCGCCACCUCUGGUAAAGCUCCUCCUAACUUGGCCCAAGGAGUACCGCCUCUCCUGGCCAACCAGUACAUCAUGGGCCCCGGUGGGUUGCUUCCUGCUUACCCGCAGAUCUAUGGAUACGAGGACUUGCAAAUGCUGCAGUCUCGCCUCCCUAUGGAUUAUUAUGGUGUAACAUUCCCUGGUACUACGGCUGCUAUGCCUGGAAGAGAAAGCCUGGCCAAUAAUCCAUAUUCUGGUGAGGCCACAAAGUUUGGCAGGAAUGAUUCGUCAUCUCCAGCUCCCCCAACCAGCCUGUCAACAGCUGGGGUGCAGUCACAGCCGCAGCAGGCUCCGCAGGCAGGGACACAGGGACAGGGCCAGGGGCAGCAAACGCAGAACCAGGCCUUCCUCAAUCCCCCUCUGCCCCCUGGCUACGGAUACACUGGUCUUCCAUACUACACUGGUGUGCCGGGGGUUCCCUCAGCUUUCCAGUACGGCCCCACAGUCUUUGUGCCUCCUGCUUCAGCCAAGCAACCUGCGAUGGGCCUGGCCAACCCUUCCAAUCAGUAUCACCAACAGCAUCAGCCCAGUUAUGGACAGCAUGCAUAUGGCGCAGCCUUUGAUGACCUAUCUCAAGCCCACGGUGGGGAGUACAGUAAGGGAGGGUACGGAGGCUCUGCCCAGUCACAGGCCAAGUCAGCGGGCAGCGGCCCAGGGAAAGCACCAGGACUGUCGGUAUCAGGUACCAGUGGAGGAGUACCUGACAUGGGAGGUUCAAUCUACAGCAAAUCUCAGACAUUUGACAAGCAGGGCUUCCACACGGGUACACCGCCUCCCUUCAACCUGCCUUCAGCGCUGGGGGGAACAGGGCCCCUGAACCCCGGGGGUGCUCCUGGCUAUGCCCCUGCUCCGUUCCUGCACAUCCUGCCACCGCACCAACAGCCCCACUCCCAGCUGCUGCACCAUCACCUCACACAGGACGGGCAGGGUGGUCCGGGUCAGCGCAGUCAGUCCAGCAGCAUGCAGCAGAAAACCCAAGGCAGCAAGUCCAGUUAUGGCAGCUCCCCCUACUGGGCCAACUGAGGAAUGCUUCCCACUCCCCUCUCCCCAAAAGGCUGUGUGUGCGUGCGUGUGUAAAAAGCUAAAACAAAAAAACGGAAAGACACACUACCCUCACAAUGAGCAACCUUGGGCCUCCUCGCCCCGCUCCCCCCACCUCCACAAGUCCUCAUAAGUCUUUUGGAUUCUCUCUUCCCCCCCUUUUCAAAAUUGGUUGUACAUGUAAGAUAUUUAUGUAUGUAUUUAUAUAUAUAUACUGUAUAUGUAAUAGUAGAACAUGAAAUGUGGUUGCUGCAUUUUAUUUUUGAAGGACUUUUUGUUUACUUUUUUCAAAACUGCAGAAAAAGAUGUUGCAUUAAGACAGAAUGAGACGAUAAUGAUGAUGGUGAGAAGGCGAGUGAAGAGAAAUUAUCUAAAACUUCCUGUAAGGAACCAGAAAAAGGAAAAAGAGAGAGCUAUAGCACUGAUUGCGUAUGAGGACAUUUCAGAUGGGGGUGGGGUUUAUAAUAACUAACUGCAUCUGUCUCGUCUUUUUUCUUUUUUUAUACAUAACUUCCUGAAUGACCAGGUUCAUCCCCCAAACUUAAUUUUUGUAGCUUCCUGUCUUUCCCCUGCUUCUCUCCCACCCUUCUGGAGGGCAGCCUACUCCUCGUGUCAACUCCUUCCCUUAAAAGACAGACCUGCCCAUCUAAAUUUUAUAUUUUUAUUUAAUUUUAACCCUGAUUUCCCUCGAAAUAAAAGUUCUGAGCAGUUGGAAAGCUGA